ACCAUGGCCCCUCAGCAAACAGGUAGCAGGAAGCGGAAAGCAACCGCGGUGGAGGAGGGCGCCGGGGGUUCCUCGUCUCAAGGCUUGGAGGCGGUGGGCCAGGGAGAGGAGCCGCCGCUGUCCAACAGGCAGAGGCGGCCGGCGGCGCGGCACUCUCUCGUGCACUACCUGAAGGGCCGCGCGGUGGGCGCGCGGGGCCACGCCGGGCUCCCGGGCUUCGAGGGCGAGCUGCGCGGCUACGCGGUGCUGAGGCUGCCCGAGCUGCUGACCGAGCGCCAGCUGGCCCUGGGCACCCUCAACAAGGUGUUCGCGUCGCAGUGGCUGAAUGCCAGGCAGGUGGUGUGUGGCACUAAGUGCAACACGCUCUUCGUGGUGGAUGUGCAGUCGGGCCACAUCACGCGCAUCCCGCUCCUGCGGGACAGGGGGCCCAGCCUGGCGCGGGCACAACCCGCCUGUGGCAUCCACGCCAUCGAGCUCAAUCCCUCCAAGACGCUU